AUGUCCAGAUUCCUUCCGUUCAUCGUCAUCACGGUUGACCAAAGCCUGCUUGAGUAUGCUUACCGCGACGCUAUCAUCUCCCGUGUGCUUGGUGCAAGUGCGAAACAGAAGGGUUCCAAGUUUGAUCAAUCUGUGUUUAAAAAGAAAAUUUAUGCGUACUAUGGUCUCAAUGAGCAUUGCCAACCUGGCUUUGUGUGGUGUCAUGUGUUGGGCACUAACAUCAAAGCUGCCCAUAUUGUACCCAAAUCUAUGACAUCCAAGGAGGAUUCCCACCUAUUCGAAGUCAGCGAUGGAGUUCUUGAUGAACCCCGAAAUGACUGA